CUCUACAGAGAGCAGCGGCAGCAGGGACAAUAACAGGAAAGCGGUGGGCUUGGGCUUCGGGGCUUGGGGCUGGACUCUGUCGCCACUGGGCAGCCCCUGGACAUCCUCACUCACUCUGCCUCUCGACUCUAACAGGUCCACGGGAGACCAAACCAGCGUGAGAGAGAGAGAGAGAGAGAGAGAGAGAGAGAGAGAGCGAAAGUGGACAUCCAGCUACUAGACACUGGACUCAGUCUAUGCUGUGGGGAUUAUUACCUUGACAACCUGCUGUGGACGUAUUUCACUGAAGGAGACUACAAGAGAAAGAUAAUGGCCUAUGGUGGGUCCUGGGGUCUGCAGCUCCUAGCAGCGGCUCUGCUCGUCAGUGUGCAAGCGGCGACCAACAGUGACCCGACCAGCUGGGACUGGAAGCGGCUGUAUGUCAGCGAGGAAAAACCCGUGAGCAAUCCACCGGAGAAAUUUGGCACGCUUACAAAUGAAAAAUUCAUCAAAGACAAGCAUAUGUACAAAAUUGCUGGGGAUGGAGCAAACACCAUAUUUACUGUCAACGAUCAAGGAGACAUGUUUCUCAAAGAAAAACUGGAUCGUGAACAAAAAAGUGUCUAUCACCUCACAGCCAAACUAGUAGACAAACAGUCAAAUGUAGACGUAGACAAACCCUCAAACUUUGCCAUUCAAGUUCAAGACAUCAAUGAUAAUGCCCCUGUGUUCCAUGAGCCAUAUACAGGGUCCAUACAAGAAAUGUCUCCCAUAGGAGCUACCGUUAUGACAAUAAAUGCUACUGAUAAGGAUGAUCCAACAACAGUCAAUGGAAUGAUCGAGUACGAAUUAUUAACUGGAACAGAUGUCUUCAGAGUGGAUAGCAGAAAGGGUAUCAUAACAACAAAAGUAGGCAAUUUGGAUCGCGAGACCACUUCUCAGUAUAAGAUCAAAGUUCGGGUCAAAGACAUGCCUGGGCAACAACUUGGAUUCUCAAGCACAACUACUAUCACUAUUAAUGUCACGGACAUCAACGAUAACUUAGCAACGUUUAAAAUGGCACGAUAUACCUUCAGUGUGAAAGAGGACAUGAAAGUGGAAUCCAAAAUUGGCACUGUUGAAGUGGAGGACAAAGACGAGGAGCAAAACAAGAACCCCGAGUUCCAAAUCGAGGAUCCAAGAAUCAACAAGUUGCUUGAGAUCAAACAGGACCAACAGAAAAAUGGUGUACUUUUCCUCAGACAAGCCCUGGAUUAUGAGACCAUGAACAGCUACACAUUCACCCUCUUUGUGAAAGAGGACAUUGUGAAAUUCUCCGGCCUGCAGCAAAAUGUAAAUGCUAACAAUAAAGCGGAGGUUGUCAUCAGCGUGAUGGAUGUGGACGAGCCGCCGGUCUUCACUAAGCGCGAGUAUAACAUCAGUGUGUCAGAGGAAACCUUUCCCCAUGAGUUCCCAGAUCCGAUCAAGGCCAAAGAUCCUGACAGAAUCAACCGCCCAAUCAGAUAUUCCAUUGAGGACAGCAGCUGUCCUGUGCAGAUUCACCCUACGAGUGGGAAACUAUCUCUGAAGAUGAAACUGGACCGAGAGCUCACGCGAGAGCACCGAUGUCAGGUGACAGCUGAAGAAGACAUCCCUGACGGAAAGAAAACCUAUGCAAUGGUGAACUUGGUGGUUAACGAUAUCAACGACAAUGCCCCAAAGUUAAACAUGGAAGAGAUUUAUGUCUGUGAAUCUGAUAAGCUAGGGCAAGUCUUAGGGACUCUCAUUGCCACGGACAAAGAUGAGACGAAUGGCGUGUUCACUUUCAUGCUGGUCAGACAAAGCUCCAACUUCUCCCUUUUAGACAACAAAAACGGCACGGCCACACUGAGGCUGAAGGAGGGCAGCUUCAACACGGAGGACUCGGGCGAGCACAUGCUGAUGGUCAAGGUGGGCGACGGCAAACAGUAUAGCGAGGAGCAGCUGCGUAUCGUGGUGUGCCAGUGCAACAGCGGACGCACCCGCGAGUACUGCAGGCCCCACCGGCGGCAGGUUGGGGUCAGCGUGCACGCGCUCAUCACCAUCCUCCUCUGCAUCGUCACCAUCCUUGUCAUCGUGAUCCUGCUGGUACUGCGCCAGCGCUACCGGAAAGACUCCCUGGUGACCAUGGGCAAGAUGUCCGGCGAGAUCCACGAGCAGCUGGUCACCUACGAUGAGGAGGGCGGUGGUGAGAUGGACACUAACGGCUAUGACGUGUCCAUCCUCACCUCAGCGCGCCACGACGGUUCGCUGCUCCCAGGCCCUGGCCUCUACGCCAUGGUCAAGAAGCCGCAGGCCUGCAAGGGCGACAUGGCCGCCAUGAUCGAGGUGAAGAAGGACGAAGCGGACCAUGACCGCGACGGCAUCCCCUACGACACGUUGCACAUCUAUGGCUACGAGGGGCCUGGCUCGCUGGCCGGGAGCCUCAGCUCACUCGGGUCAUCCUCGUCCGGCGACAGCCUGGACUACGACUUCCUCAACGACUGGGGCCCGCGUUUUCAGCCCCUGGCAGAGCUCUACGGAGUGGACUGCUAUCCAGGCAGGGACACAUUGUGAGCAACUUCCUGUUUUCACGUCUGGGAAAAAACCUUGGGAGCAAGGGGCAGCAGGAACAAAGCUUGAUGUCUUCACCAUCUUACUUAUUCUUCUUGAGGUUAUGUUAUGCCAAAGAACCGCUUCACUUGCCAUUUGAACACCACACAGAGAUUACUUAGUCCCUACCAUUGUCUAUACAUUUGUAGUAUACCGCUCAUCGGUGACAUUUGUACUUAACUAUAUGUGGAUUAAUCAUUUGUAGCAACUCUUAAGAAAAAGUGGAACAGCUUCUAAAACUGAUGCAGCUUCUUUGUGUAGUUUUCUCAAAACCCAUUGCAUUCCAUUAUUCUUUAGAAGUCACUGAGUAUAUUUAAGUCUGAGCCAGUAAAUCCAAUCCUUUUUACUGUAAUUCACUCACACACAUACGCAAACACAAUGACUGGAAGCACAGCUUUCAUUUGAUGAGUAUUGAAUUCAAUGCACAUUUAAGGGUGUCAGCCUAAAUGGCGGCCCAGUUUGUAUUCUCUACAGUCUCUACUACACUUGACGAUAUCUUCAUCUACUGAGAUAUAUGAAUUACAGUGUGUAUUCUUUUCUUCCUCACUUGAUGUGUGCAGUGUAAUUAUCUCUCUCUCUUUCUCUCUGAGUGUGUGUGUGUCUGUGUGUGUGUGUGUGUGUGCGUGUAUGUGUGUGUACGCAUGUGUGACAACAAGAGUAAUCAUUGUAAAAAAUGCACACAGAGGUGUCAAUACUAGUUAACCAAGUUUUUUAAAAGGGGGAAAUGGUGUAUGUAUGUGAUGACGUGUGGUGUAGUAUUUUUAGUAUUGUAGUUAACUCUGGUAUAGAAAAAGCAAGAUGUGCCUUUCAGAAUAUCUGGGGGAAUUGUAUGGGUUUUUUAUAUUACGUAUAAUGAUGACCUUUUUUUCCCAAAUGUCCCCAUUUUGUAUACAAAUUAAAAAAAAAACUCCACUCAG